AUCUCCAUAAUUUUGAACAUGGAAUUUAACCAGCCGCAAGAUGUUGCGCGAGAGUCAAAAACUAACGGAUAAAAUUGUGGGUUUUCCCGAAUUAAUGAGUUGCGACAAGUUACUCACAUUAGAUCUGCUUACAGUCGGGAGGAAUGUCGUCUUCAGCCUGUACGAUUACUUGCGGCAUACAGUAUUGGACCUUCAAUGAUAGACAGUGCCAAAUCCCAGAGGACAAUCUUUCUGCAUUCUGUUAUUACGACAAAGAAUCGAAAAAACAAGAUGGAGCUAGACAGAAGAGUCAGAAAAUUAAAGGACAAUAUUAUCACACUAAACAGCAGUAUGUUGAAAGCAGAGGAGGAACGUGGAUUCUUCCAAAUAAAAGACCAGAAAGAUUGAAAGAUUCGAUCAAAGAAUUGGAAGAAAUACUGAAAUCUCAUAAAAUUCUUCAUGUGAAAUGGAAUAAACGAAACAGUCUUCAGAUAAUUGUUCAUUCUGGUUUGCUGAUAAAUAUACUUUUAUCGGAGAACUGCGAUAUACAGAAAAUAUUUUUUGAUAAAUCUUUGUUGACAAAAAUACAACCAGACUUCGGACCGAUUGGUGCAGCCUAUCUCACAGAUCGAUUUUUAAUACUUUGUUUGGAUGAGGCAAAUAAGUUAUGUUUUAUAAGUUUUGUACAAAGACCUGCAACUCCCAAUCAAAAACAACUAUCAAGUAAAUUAUCAUCAAUGGACAUGAAAAUAUCUUAUCACGAUAUUCCAGGUUUUCGUUCUAUGAGAGGGAAUAGAAAACUGUGUGUAAAUAAAGCUCAUAAUCUUGCGAUAUGUUGGUCAACAUCGCACACAACACCAUCAACAUGGACUUCCACUGAUGCAAAUGAAGAAAAAGCUAAUAUGAUUCUACUUGGAUCUUCGUUUGGCAGAUUGGAAAUUUACAGUUCGAUAUAUACAGAAUCUAAUCCAAUUCAUGUUGAAUUCAGCAGAAAGAAUGAGAAUCAGGUUCAUAGUCUUGAAAGAUCAGUAACAGCAAAGAAUGAGAUUGUGCUUCACUACGCCGUGUAUGAAUGUACUCAGAGUAAAUUACAGAGACUUGAGGUUACCCAGAUACCUGUCAAAAGUGGGAUAUUGUCGAGCGAUAUUAGCAGAGAAGAAGAUAAAAUUGUAGUCGGCUGUACAGAUGGGACAGUUCUUGUGUUUGAUACUCUAACGAAAACAACUUCGUCAAUACGAGAUUCUCUCAUACCAAGUAUUGUAUCGUGGCAUCCUAAUGGAGGUGUAAUACUUGUUGCAAGUGGGAGCGCAGAAUUGCAAUGCUAUGAUUGUGCUUUGGGAAAGCUGUCAACUGCAUUACUUGAUGAAAUAGAAGAUUCAUCCAUGCAUGACAUGUUAAAACUUUCAAAAUACUUGCCAUCAGAAAAUGGUCUUGUGUCACUAACAUGGCCUGAUUUUGUUACUGAAACUCAAGUUGAGGCAACUUCAACCAUAAAGAAAUCUUCUGUUUGCCAUGAUGUGUCUCUGGUUUUAUUUGAUGGUGGUCCUCUCGCUAUUCUUAAAUUCAAUGUCGGUGUGUUAACUAAAGGUUUAUUGAGGCCGAUAGAAGUUGUGAAAGAACACAUUACACAUGAUAAAAUCGAACAAGCUGUCCAGGUUCUUCAUACAAUCAAUUGGAAUACAGAUUGCACUCAAGCUUUCCUAGCCAUGACAUCUAUUCUCAAUCAUCUGUUGAAACAAAAAUUAAACUUUGAAUGUGAAGAGUUAUUAGAAGCUGCAUUAAGUGCCUUUUACACUCCACGAAUACCUCUCGCACAAACUAUUGUUGUUGAAUACAGGCAUAUUGUCAGCAGGUACGCGAGAAGGUUUUAUCACCAUUUGCUUCGAUUCAAACGAUUCGAUAAAGCAUUUCUUCUUGCUAAAGACAUUCAAGAUUAUGAUUUGUUUGUUGACCUUUAUUUUUCUGCAAAAGAAUCUGGUGAAUUAGUGAUCGCAAAAGCCGCGAAGCAAAAGAUUUUUGAAUUGUAUUCAAGCUCUGAAGAUGAAGACUCAGUUUCAGAUGACGAGAGUGAACCUGCUACCAUAGAUGGUCGAAGGUCAAGAAGUGAUUUCAAGAGAAGAGGAUCGAGUACAAAACGAAUCACUCACAUCGUUAAAAGAAGAAAUAAACCAUUUAAAGCAACUUCACCAAGAAUAAGAAAAGAAAUUGUUCCACCAUCUUAUCCGCCACCAAGAAUGGAUGAUUUCAUGAAAUCAUUGAUCAGUGAGACAAGAGCUGUGUUGGAAAACAAGUCGACCCUACCUAAAGAUCCGAUAGAAAAUUUGCCAGCAAAUGUCUCAACGACUGGAAGCUCAUUGAGAAUCUUGGAUUAUGGAUAUGUUUAAUUUUUCCCUUAUUUCAAAACAAUCGAUCCAUAUAUUAUCGUUUCUGUAAAAAUUUGAAUUUUUCCGUAUUUUUACAAAACUAUGUGCCUCAAUAAUACUUUUAUUUUUAUUGAAAUUCAAAUAAUAUAAAGUGGCUUACUCGUUAAAAUAUUUUUAUUCAAAUAUCGACUGUGUGCUGUAUUUCUCAUUUCAGUGCCUUGGUAAAUGGUGUGUUUUUUCGGUGGAUGAUUUGCAGUUAAUACAUGGUGCUUACCUUACAUAUUUCAAUUGACUUCCUUUUUUAUUUUCAUAAAUCAUUUCUGAAUAUAUCAUUCCUAGUAUUUAUUUCACAAUUCAGACUAGAAUUAAUUCCUUUUCAAUGUCAAUACAUAUGGAACAUUAGCCUGGUUGACUAUUCCCAGACAUGACCUGGAUUGGUAACCGCUUAUCAGCUUUCCUUUCCCAGUUUCUUGGAUUAUAAUAAAAAGUAUUCAUUGUGAAACACAAUCAGAAUAUGCAAAAAUCUUUGCUAAAUAUUCGCAACAACAAUUUUUUUAAAUAUCAAUAAUUUUGUUUAAUACAUUUUUUUUAUUAUGCUUAUACCUAGUGGUGCUUAUCAUCUUACUUCAUAUUCUAUGUAUAUUUUUCGAACUAAAGCUUAAAUUUUUUCAAUAUUAUACUGUAUACUUCUAAACUAUCUUCGAGCAUUCCCUAAUUAAUGUGCACAAUGUUUAUCUAGGUAAAUGAGAAAAAGCGUAACUUGCAUAUUGAUCAUAGAAAGACAAUCUGACUGAACAUAAAUGAAAACUCGACGUACUAAUUACCAGAUAUCUCACAUAUAAGUCGACCCCCUAAAAACUGCCCUUUUUGAAUUUUUUGAAAAUUCGCAUAUGAGCAGAUCCUACAAAUCGUAACACGCUGUACAAGUUGUAGCUGUUAUAUUCGAGUUAGCAUAAUUCCGUUCGAGUGUGAUCAGGCUUAUGAGCACAUAAGCCAAAUUUUUAGUGUAAUCAGAGUUAUGUGCGUAUAAGCAGACUCUCAGUUUGGUAAAAAAAAUUUGUCUUGAAAUCGGCUUACAUGCGAGAUGUAUAUUGGCUACAAUAUCUUGAUUAUCAUAUUAACGUUUCAUUUUGGAAUAUUCUAAACAUUCCUUAUUUAUAACUUUCAUUUCCCAAGGAAAUUCUCUUAUUCAAAUAAGCAUCAUUGAUUCAUGAGAAACGCUUCUAUCAUGUUUGGGAUUCUUAAUUCACUUUAUAGAUAGUUGCCAUGUGUCAUAUUUUGAUUUGUUGUAACUUGUAAUGAGGCAUAUAGUUUAAUCGACUUAUCGAGCAUAUAAUCGACUUCUUUAUGACCGUAUGACAUUCCAUUUUUUAGUUUUGAAAUCUCGAGUGUUGCUUGUUUCUUUGUCACUUCUGCAGUGCGUUUUAAUGUGAAAGACUUAAUACGAUCAAAUAGUCCAUGACGAGAGAUAAGCAAUAUGGUCAAAGAUCAUUCUCUGUUUUGACUUUAAUUACUGCUGUAUGAUGCCCAGUGUUACAUGUCAUUCUGUGUUUAUUUUUUUAAUUUGAAGAAUAAUUACCAGUACUCAAUUUCCGAAUCAAUUUCAUCUUCAAACUUUAGGGCUUUAUUUACUAUAACUUGUGCCUAUUUGAAUCGUUAACAGCUAGUGCAAAUGUAAUACAGAUAUUUCUCGAAUUUUUUUGCUUUUUGCACAAAUUGUUUUGCCAAAUUUUGUUAACGCUAGUUAUUCUUUGUAUCUUUCUACUUUUUAUUCUUGUAGUUUUUUGCACAUUUAUACUAUUUUGCUUUUUGUUGCUUUAUUUUUAUCGAUGAUUGAAAUUAAAAUUAUCUUGUCCAGUUUCGAUUGCAUGAUUUAUUGAUUUCCAGUCUUUCAAUUUACCAAGGUCACAUAAUAUAAAAUAAAAAGAUCCAAUAAAACUAUGUUUUUGUCAAUUCGGGGGCUUCAACCCGAACGAGCGAAACAUGAAAAAGAUGUUUUGAGAGUAUGAAGAAAACGUAUAUUAUCGAUUUUUAAGCUUCUGUAAUUUUUUAUAAAAAUACUUAUGGCCUUCAAAUUUUGGUCAGAUACCAACUUAGAAAAGCAUCAACUUUUGAAAUUUUGAAAUUUAACAGUUUUUUACGAAACCCUCAAAUUUAAAAACCUGACCCAAAAAAGGAAUAGUAUUCCAAAAGCCACAAUUCUUAUUUUGUGAAUUACAAUUUGAUGAGUAUAUAUCAUUUAUUAGUAAAUUUUAAAUAGGAUGAAAAAUGCACCUUCAAAAUGGACAAAAUAUAUCGAAAUUAUGAUGUAGCAUUACCACUUAUAUUUACAUGUAUUGCUUUGUGACAUUACUAUUUUUUUUACUCUUUCCAUUAUUUCA